AUGGACUUUCUCAAGUCUGCCGCUGCUUUUGCCAUCGCCAAAUCCUCCUCCUUCCCUGUCACCAUUGGCGAUAGAGUCGACUUUGCAGAUUCAAUAUGGACUCUUCACAAUGGGAUCAAAAAAGAUGACAACUCUCCCUGCUCCUUGUUUACAUUUGACAUUAACGCCAACAAGGCUCGUUUACCCCUUGCAAAGAAUGCUGCUCGGAAACUGCGGACUCUUCGUCACCCUGGUGUCAUUCGGGUCGUUGACGUAAUCGAGAACGACACUCAUAUUUAUAUAAUCACCGAACGGUUGGCACCAUUGAGCUGGCACGUCAAGCGCAAGAGUUUGAGCGAAGAAACUAUCAAAUGGGGUCUGUACUCGGUCUCAUCAACCCUCAAGUUUAUCAACACAGACGCGGCCUCUGUCCAUGGAGCUGUCCGAGUCGCUUCAGUGUUCACGAGUGAAAGUGGAGAGUGGAAACUUGGUGGCUUUGAAGUCUUAAGUUCUAUGAAUGAGGAUGACGCCAUAAUAUACACUUAUGCCACACUUCUGCCCGAUGCAAAUCGAUAUGCCCCUGCCGAGGUGGCAAGCGGCGGCGGUUGGUCUGACAUCAAGAGGAAUCCGCUCGGCGCUCCUGACGCUUAUGGCCUUGGAAUCCUUGUUUUUGAGGCGUUCAACGGCAGUUUUAUGGGCUCUGAUCAACUCGCUCAACCUAGAAGCAUUCCCGCCAACAUGGUCCAGAGUUACAGGAGACUAGUGAAUGCCAACCCGAAGCUGAGGCUCACCGCCAGCCAAUUCGUUGAUCAAGGGAAGAAGCUUAAUGGCUUCUUCCAGACUCCGCUGAUUCAUAUUACUGAAGGCGCCGAGAGCCUGGGUUUGAAAGACGAGGAAGAAAGGGACGAAUUCUUAAGGGAACUCGACGAACUGACCGAUGACUUCCCGGAGGACUUUUUCAAGAUGAAGAUCUUGCCCGAGUUGCUCAAAUCAGUCGAGUUUGGUGGUGGUGGUCCCAGCGUCUUCGGUGCUAUCAUGAAAAUAGGCCUCAAGAUGUCUGAUGACGAAUUUGAAGCCCGGCUUGCUCCUCUCGUUCUUCGCCUAUUCGCCAGCCCAGAUCGAGCAAUGAGAGUCUGUUUACUAGACAACCUUCCCAUCAUGGUGGAUCGAAUCUCCACCAAGGACAUCAACAGCAAAGUCUGGCCUGCCAUGACGUCGGGAUUCACAGACACUGCUCCUGUCGUCAGGGAGCAAACUGUCAAAGCCGUCCUCGCCGUGAUCUCAAAACUGUCAGACCGAGUCAUCAAUGGUGAACUCCUUCGGUUCCUGGCCAAGACCGCUAAUGAUGAGCAACCCGGUAUCCGCACCAACACGACCAUUUGUUUGGGCAAGAUUGCUAGGAACUUAGGCGUCGGUUCUCGAGCAAAGGUCCUAAUGGCUGCAUUCUCACGCGCCCUUCGCGACCCCUUCGUCCAUGCGCGUAACGCCGCCCUGCUUGCCCUCAAUGCGACCGUGGACGUUUUCAGUGACGAAGACUGUGCUACCAAGGUCCUUCCCGCAUUGUGCCUGUCCUUGAUCGAUAAGGAGAAGAUGAUUCGGGAUCAAGCAAACAAGUGUUUCGAUACCUAUCUGCAGAGAGUACGAAAGUACGCUGUUACGCUGCCAGAUACCAUCAUUCCCCCAGAGCCUCCUGCUGGGAAUCCUGCUGCACCUGCGCCAGCUCGUAUUGGCAACCAGAGUGAUAGUGGUUGGACUGGCUGGGCCAUCUCCUCUUUUACAAACAAGAUCACGAGCGCACGAGGUGAUAUGGCAUCCGCCACACCAAAUGGAGCACUUGUGCCACAAACUCAUUCUACUCCUGCUUCUGGACGCGCAACACCCACUAUCAAUCGUACUAGCGAGAAGCCCGCUGCUAAUGUCUCACGGUUGUCAACGUCACAGAUCCCGAUGACAUCCACCUUCCAACCUGCAGAUGAUGUCGAGCAGCUCGAAGAAGAUACUCUCGAUGCAUGGGGCACAGUCGACGAUGAUGGUGACAAUUUCUUCGACGCGUCACCGGCCGCUUCCAAGACUUCGGCGCCGACUACAGCAUCUGUCCCCUACGAUGAUGGUGGUGAACCUGAUUUUGCCGGGUGGCUCGCAGCGCAAUCGACGGCCAAGCAGAAGAAAGUGUUGCCCAAAGGCCUCGCCAAGCCUUCAGCCUCUUCUGGUGCAACUCUCGAUGUAAGGCCACCGGGUCCAGCAAGGAGUAUCUCUGCUGGAGCGAAUUCCAACCCUCUUGGUGGCAAGAAAGCGGUCACAGCCACCACCAGUAGAGCUACCACGAGUACAAAGGUGGUGAAGAAAGAGUUACCCAAGCCUAAACAGCCAGAACCCAGUGAGGACGAUUGGGGGGACGCUUGGGAUUAA